CAUCAUUUGUCAGGCCCGGAGAUACUACGUGUAUAUGAGUGGAUCUUUCCUGCAAACCAGAGCAAUGGCAACGAUUCAAGACAGAGCUGCUGGUGCCAUCAUGGGUGCCAUGAUUGGAGAUGCCCUUGGCCUUGGAUGUCAUUGGUAUUACAAUCUGGACCAACUCAAAAGAGAGUAUGGAGAAUGGAUCGAUGAUUACACUACAGCCAAACCUGGUCGCUAUCAUUAUGGCUGCAAGGCUGGAGACGUCUCGCAAUCCGGCCAGCUGUUUCAGUACCUCCUAGAGACGCUGAAUGAGAAAGGAGAAUACUCUGAGGAAGACUUCUGUACAAGACUGGAUGGCUUCCUGGCAACUCUGGACGGAACAAGAGAAGGAGGGAGGUACACUCAGAAAGACGUUUGUGACGUCUGGAAAAACAGAGUAGUGUUGAAGAAACCUUGGGGGGAGUGUGCAAGUCCAUUUGGAGAUACGACUGACUCGUGUGUACGUGCUGUCGCUCUAGCUGCUCGAUAUCACAACGAUCUACCCACACUGGUCAAAAAGAUUGGUUCAAAUUCUAUACUGCAAUAUCAAGAUCGACAGGUUCAAGUGCACAGCAUUGCGUUUGGGCUCACUGUAGCAUGCCUAAUCUCUGGAAUGGAGUACUCGAAAAUUAGUUCACAUUUGAUGAAUUUGAUCGCAGAAGGAAAAAUUCCGUUCACUUCAGCAAUGGCACUAGAUCGAGACAGUGAGGAGAAUACACCCGAACCAGACUCCCUCCUCUGGUCUGGAUAUGCAGCGAAGGCUGUAGCCAAUCUUAAUCUGCGAAUUGAGCCUGCCCGAGAUGCCCCUCAAAUGUAUGGCCUCUCCUGUGCCUUCUAUAUGCUGAUGCCUGGGGCCUACUACCUUGCUGCUCGUUUCCCUGAUAACUUUGAGACAGCUGUACUGACUGCAGUGAACAGUGGGGGACAGAACCUGGCCAGAGCAUCUCUGACUGGAGGGAUGGUGGGAGCCAUUACUGGUCUGUCUUCUUUCCCAGAUCGCUUCAUCAAGGGACUCACUGAUGGAGACAAGUGGGUCGAGGUGGCCAAGAAGAUUGCCCAAGAUGGGGCCAAGAAAUAAUAACUGAGAAUGAUAGCUAAUUUAUAGUUUCUGAUAGUUUAAUUGUUUCACUAACGAUCUUUACCGGUAUUAAUUUUGAAUAGACGCCCGCGUUUUAAUUGAGGCACUUGUCUGUUGAUUUUUACUUUG